AUGAGAGGCAACUCGUCCCCCCCUGCAUCUGCGCAGCUCUGCUACGAGAACGUGACCGGGUCCUGUGUGAAAACUCCCUACUCGCCAGGACCCCGCCUGAUUCUCUACACAGUGUUUGCCUCUGGGGCUGUGCUGGCCGUGUUUGGAAACCUCCUGGUGAUGACUUCAAUCCUUCACUUCAAGCAGCUGCACUCUCCAACCAACCUCCUCAUCGCCUCCCUGGCCUGUGCUGACUUUCUGGUGGGGGUGGCCCUGAUGCCCUUCAGCAUGGUCAGGUCGGUGGAGAGCUGCUGGUACUUUGGGGAACGAAGCUUCUGUACUUUCCACACGUGCUGCGAUGCCGCAUUCUGUUACUCUUCUCUCUUCCAUUUGUGCUUCAUCUCCAUCGACAGGUACAUUGCUGUUACUGACCCUCUGGUCUAUCCUACCAAGUUCACGGUGUCUGUGUCAGGGAUAUGCAUUGGCGUUUCCUGGAUCCUGCCCCUGGCCUACAGCGGGGCCGUGUUCUAUACAGGUGCCUAUGACGACGGGCUGGAGGAAUUAUCUAGUGCCCUCAACUGUGUAGGGGGUUGUCAAGUUGUUGUAAAUCAAGACUGGGUGUUGAUAGAUUUCCUACUCUUCUUUAUACCUACCAUUGUGAUGAUCAUUCUCUACAGCAAUAUUUUUCUUGUGGCUAGAAAACAGGCUAAAAGGAUUGAAACUAUUGGUGGCAAAACAGAAUCAUCCUCAAACAGUUAUAAAUCCAGAGUGGCCAAGAGAGAGAGAAAAGCAGCUAAAACCCUGGGUAUCACGGUGAUAGCAUUUAUGAUUUCGUGGUUACCUUAUAGCAUCGACUCAGUGAUUGAUGCCUUUGUGGGCUUCAUAACCCCUGCCUAUAUUUAUGAGAUUUGCUGUUGGUGUGCUUAUUAUAACUCAGCCAUGAACCCUUUGAUUUAUGCUUUAUUUUACCCAUGGUUUAGGAAAGCCAUAAGACUUAUUGUGAAUGGGCAGAUUUUCAAGGACAAUUCAUCAUCUGUGAAUUUGUUCUCUGAACAAAUAUAA